CCAAGGAGGGAUCCGCCCUCAGACAGCAUCUAUCGCCUCUGCUCGGUGCUGACUUUGGUAGACUCCGCUGUAUUCCCCUCUUCUAGCCUGUUUAUACCCGAUAUCGUGCCCGGUCCAGUCUUCCCUCUUUUUGAGACCGACGUACGCGUAUCCAGGCCGGACAUGAACUUGACUGUCGCCCACGGGUCGCGCGACAAUUACGGCAUUCUCCAGUUCGCCACCCGUCUGCCCGGCGCGAGAGUCCGCUUAUCCGGCUGAAUGCUUGGCCCUAUCUUUGUCACAUCAGUCCGUGAUCAAUCAAAUCAUUCACCAGCGUUGGUGCAUACAUACGACGUGAUCCCCGGGCUCGAUACUGAAUGCGAGGUAGAGACCCAGACCAGCUGCCCACGUCCGUGACCCAUCAAGUACCCAUAGCUGUCGAGAUGGUCCAGCUCGGUCGCCCUGAGAACCCCGAAGAUCGCCACGCUACCGCUGCCCGGGCAUACAGACAGGGCUACCUCGAUGCUUCGUCUGCCUAUCUUUCCGGUCCCUCCGCUCACUCGAACACGCCGUCCUUCCUCCGCGAUCUAGCACGGGAAUACCCUUACACAACCAUUGCGACUGUCGGGGCUCUCGGAUCCUUUACUCUCCUCACCUCUGGCUACUUAGCUUCAAAGGUCUUCCGGCGAGCUGUAGGCGUGACGCGCACUGGGACUAGCGAGGCAAUAUGGGUGACACGUGUGGACGACUUGGAACGUCGGCUAGUCACUCAAGUCCAGUCCUCCAGUCGCGAUCGUGCAAGAGAGAUGGACACCGUGAGACGAGAAAUCUUAUCCUCACUAUCUGCUCAUGCUACCGUUGGAACGAUGUGCGCGAUCGAGGACAAGCUCGCGGAUGUGGUCAAGCAAAUCGAACGAUCCAGCAGCGACCAUCAGAAGGGCCUACACAAGCUGUUGAGCCAGCUCGAAGCCAACAACCGAGAUCGAAGGAUCGAGCUCAAUGGUCUCCGAACAGAGCUCAUGGGAGAGCUUCAGAGAGGCUCGCAAGAUGAUCACGGUGAACAACUGGACAAGAUAUUUGACCAGAUGGUAGCCUCCAAUCGAGAUCGUCGCACCGAACUCCACGGAUUCAGAUCGGAGAUCAUGGGAGAAUUGCAGUUGACUCGCUCGACUAGUCCUGGUCCACAAGUGACUCUCUCGGCGCAGCAGGCGGCAGACUUUGAAGGGUUCCGAACCGAGAUCAUGGACAUGCUGCAGAGAAUGGAGCACAACAUGAAGAAGAUGACACCUACCGCAAAGGUUCACCCUCCUCAGCCAGGAGUCGCUCAGAUGGACGAAGUUGAGCUUGCUCGAGUCUUGAAGGAGACGACAGAAGGAAUCUUUGGGAGCAAAAAGUCCGCCUCUUCGAAUGACGAUGGAGAUCGCGGCAGGCUUUCGUUCUCGCAUUAUCGCUCGAUCCUCACCGGUCACGGCCGCGGAUCAUCGACUCGGUGAAAAGGGUAUAUUCAAGCCUCUUCUAUGUGCCUGUACCUCAUUCUUGUUUGUAGGGAAGUAGCUCGUUGUUCCACUCUCGCCCCUUUUAGGCUCAGACGACUCGCUUUGCCAGGAUUACAUGACCAAGCCCGUCAAUUGAUGGUCACCGGUUCCACCUCGUUAUCAUGAUGCGAUGCACCCUGCAAUGACGGACCGGCUCAAAGAUGAGCACAUUCUCAUAGUCUGACAAUGCGCCGAGCGCUGAGCACAUUGACGUACACAGCUGGCAGACAAAACGAGCAGAACUGUAAUGCGGGUCUUCGGCAAGAUAUUUCCACGGACUUUUAUGCAUAAUUUCAUGAAUCACG